AUGAAAACCAGCUCCCACAGGCAACACAAGAAAACAAGGCAAGACCAGCAGCUUCAACAGAGAUGCGGGAGAGCGUUGUGUUGUAGUUGCAGGCUUAGCGUGUCGUCCUCCGAGGAAGCCGAGAGCUCGAGCUCCUCCGACCGGUUCCCCUCGGUUUCGAGCCUGGCUCACGCCAUGGUCCAAGAGAGACUGGAUCAGAUGAUCAGAGAAAAACAGGAGGCGAGACAUAACAAUAAUAAUGAUGUUGUCGUUGGAGAUCAGAGAAGAAGACAUAGAAGUAGUCAUGAAGUGACUACUGCUAGUACUACUAAGUUUGUGUUAAUGGUGGCCAUGGAAAAGUGCUCAGACGAUCCCAGAGAGGAUUUCAGAGAGUCCAUGGUGGAGAUGAUAAUGGCGAACCGGAUUGAAGAGCCUAAGGAUCUUCGAACUCUCUUGAAUUAUUACGUUUCGAUGAAUUCGGAGGAGUAUCACGGUGAUAUUUUGGAAGUCUUUCAUCAAAAAUUAAUGAGAAACAAGGCUUUGGCUUUCGGGUUUAAGUGGCACUUGCCUGGCAAGGAUAGGAAGAAUCAAGCUCCGAUGUUGUUUGGCGCCCUUGAGAGCACUAGAAUGACGCGAUCUCCGAUGAUGCUUGGCGGCGUUCGAAGUGGCAUUCGAGGUGGACGCGACUAUGAUGCUCUGGCGGCACUAAAGGGCUCCAAAGGAUGCAAGCUUCGGCGAUGUGUGGCGGCGCUCGGCGUGGGCUUUGGAGGUGGACGCUAA